AGCCAUAUCCGUAUUUAGCCCAAGCAUCAACCCAAACAGGCAGGAGUUCCUCGUGGUUCGCCAACUCCUUCACCUGCUCAGAUCACCGGGGGCGUAUGAAAUAUUGUGACAUGACGCUCUCCCUCUUGCAAGUAUAGAUGAUGCGAUCCGACCUUUGCCAGGCACUUAUCCCCAGCGCCCCUUGUGACUGCCACCGCGGCAUGCAGAUACACACUGUUUACUGGAGACGAGGCCAUGUGUGAAGAGUCAUCCGAAGCCGACGCGAUGUUAGCGCCCUCCCUCGACGACUUUCUUCAACCCCUGGCAAUUGACGCUAGGAAGGUGUUGGAGCUAUCACAUGAAUUUGCCUCGACAUUUCGCAGGUUGUCUGCCGAAUCCCUUGACCAGUUCCUACCGACGCCGAUUUCGGAAUCCAUCCUGCGGCCUGCAGUUCGAGAUAGUGGCAGGUUCCUCGCUAUAGACAUCGGCGGCACGAACCUCCGCGUCGGCUUCGUGGAGCUAGUCGGCGAGCCCAGGUCAGGGGACGGCUUCACGCCGUCGUCUCAUCAACUGAACCGCCUCCUCGAGCAAUCCUGGCCCAUCCAGGAGCAUCUCAAAAAUGAGAACUCGGACAGUCUCUUUUCGUGGAUCGGCGAACGGGUUGCUCAGGUAGUGCGUGAGGGCUGCGAGACGUUGGGCAUAUCUCGUGAUGACGAGCUCCCGAUGGGGAUUACGUUCAGUUUUCCCAUGGUGCAGAAGUCACUUUCUGAAGCCAUCCUCAUGCCCAUGGGCAAGGGAUUUGCCGUUACGUCCAACCUUGAUCUCGGCGGGCACCUCUUAGCGGGCUACAACAAGCACAGAACCACCGACAUGCCACGCAUCAGGAUUGCGGCCAUCGCGAAUGACGCAGUGGCCACCCUCAUCUCCUUCGUCUACCAGUUCCCGGCUCAAGCCCACCAAAAGGCCGCCAUGGGGUUGAUCGUCGGCACCGGCUGCAAUGCCACACUGCCCCUGAAUCUGAGCAGCCUCCAUGAGAGCAAGCGCCCCGCCUCUAUUAGCGUUCUGCACGACCGGGAGGCUUCAGACGUCAAGAUUGCGGUAAAUACCGAAUGGAGUAUCCGGGGCUCGGCACCUCCAUUGCACAAAUUCGGCCUCAUCUCUCGCUGGGACACGGAAUUGGACCAGGCUGGCGAGUUGCCCGGUUUCCAGCCGCUCGAAUACAUGACGGCCGGGCGGUAUCUAGGUGAACUCGCGCGGCUCGCCUUCCUCGACUACUACACUGCCCUUGGCAUGUCGGCCAAAGAUCUUCCGGGGAGGUUUCGGCAAAGGUUUGGUCUAACGACCACCUUUAUGAGCCAUCUCUACCCCGACAGUCCCAAGGGUCCCAUGCCCUCACAGCUGGAGCGUGAGUUUCCGCCAGAGAGUCCCUCGUUUCAAUGGACACCGGAACUGGCCGACAUCCUGUUCCGGAUUGCGAAGGCGAUCGAGGUGCGCGCAGCCGGCAUUGUUGCCGCCGCCACCGUCGGGCUCCUCCAGUGCGCCGAGGAGAUAGCGGACGCACCGAAAGCCAGGAAGACGGAGUUAGCCGUCGGGUACACUGGCGGGUGCAUACAGCACUUUCAGAACUACUUGGCCGAUACCCAGAGGUUUAUCGACGAGAUUCUAGACCUCGAGUUCUCUGGUCAAGCCCCCGUCCGGGUUACUCUUACUCCAUGUCACGACGGGGGCCUCACUGGAGCGGGAAUUCUAGUCCCAGCCGCCCUGGCAAGUCACACCACGUAGCCUUUGCGAAAUGUCAACAUGAUCAGAACUGUCAAAGCACCCGUAUCCAUCCGUAAUGCGCGUGCCUAGAUCGAACAGAGGCUCCAGUCCCUCGUCAUGUACUGUGCAAGACGCUACAA